ACGCAUCUCUGUCCCUAGCUCAGACAUUACUGGUGAUCGCAGAUGACAUCGAUGCCAGCGGGGCCUUACGUUUCUUCCAUGCAGGCUCUAAUCUAUGGACAUUUGUGACAUAAAAUGACAGACUACAGCGAGGAGCAGAGGAAUGAACUAGAAGCAAUAGAGUCCAUUUACCCAGACUCAUUUACAGUGCUUUCCGAGGAGCCCACAAGCUUCACCAUCACAGUUACUUCUGAUGCGGGAGAAAAUGAAGAGACGGUGGAGGUGACCCUAAAGUUUACAUAUGUGGAGAAAUACCCAGACGAGCCCCCUCUCUGGGAGAUCAUCUCACAGGAGAACCUGGAAGAUUCAUAUACAGAAGACAUUCUAAUACUUUUACAGCAACAGGCCGAAGAAAACCUGGGAAUGGUUAUGAUAUUCACGUUGGUGACAGCUGUGCAGGAGAAACUUAACGAAAUAAUUGACCAGAUUAAGAGCAGAAGAGAAGAAGAGAAACAAAGAAAAGAAAGGGAGACCGAAGAAGCUGAGAAGGUUUGA